GUAAGACUUCUCCCGCUCACUCUGAGUCUCCUUCUCCAACGGGGAACCAAGUGAAGAAGAGAGUCGAGAAAAGAGGCAAGUGGAUAGAAGAAAAAAUAAGAAGAAGGAAGAGAGAAGAAGAGUCAAGAGUGGUGAAUAAGAAUCAGCGAGCGAGUGCACUUUUCUAUGUCAAAAAUAAGUCUAGAUUGAGCAUUAGAGAGACGUUUGCUAAUCAUUCUAGUAGUGUUGUUCCUAGGACUUCCCUUUGUGAACCCUCAACUAGUUAUGAUAGUAGACCUGCCUCUAAGUUUUCUGUUUCCAAGAUACCUGUCACUAAUCGCUGUUCUAGUUGUGUUUCUCUGAAUUGUGUUAAGUUAAUGAAAUGUUGCUGUUUUGAGUCCACUUCCACUGAUAAUGAAACUGAUCCUGUGAGUGCUAAGAAAAAAUUGAAUAAGCC